CGAUUCGUUAUCACUGCCGCUGCGCUUUUGCCACUUUAUUAGUGUUUUCUUCUUUCAAUUAGUUCGUCUUUAUAUUGUAAAAAAACACUUCGGCAGUCGGCUACGCUCUGUCGCUGUCAAUCUACUGGUUGUGCUGUUAUCGCCGUUGACGUCGUCGUCGGCUACGCUGUGGCGCUGUUGCUCUGUUAUUGUAUGCUGGCCACCGGCAUUUGCUCCAGCAGCUUUAUAGACUCGGCUGCACUACCGGCAGGUCGUUAAUAACAUUCCAGCAGCACACGUUCAGGCAGUACGCCACGAGACGCGCUAACGAUUGGUUGUUGAAAACAUUUCAAGUGCGCACAAACAGCGUUAAUGUAAAUGAAAGAAAAACAGCGGUUGGCAAGGCGAGAUUUUUCCAACGAGCAUUUCUUUUCUGUUUUGUGCAAAAGUUGGAAUUACAAUUUGAUGAAAAUUUGGUGGAUGAAAGAAAAAAAAAUAAAAAGAUUUAAAUAAUCUAGAAAAUUUAAAAAUAAAAAUCAAAAAAAAAUUUUUAAAUUAUUACCAAAUAAUAUUAUAAUUAAUGAUAUAAAGAUUUCUGAACGUUUAAGCUGUAUGAAAAGUUGUUCGCUGGCUGAUUAAAAAUUUUUUCUCUAUAAAUGCGUGAAAUAAAUCUGAUUAUAUUUUGUUUGUAUGCACAUUUGUACAAAUGUUAAAUUAAAAACAAUGUGUUUUGUUUGUUUUGUUCAAUGUGUUCCGUAAAAACUAUGCAAAUACUGACAAGUGUUCAAAAAACAAACAACAAAUAUUCAAACAUGGAAAAUUCAAGUAUUCUAUCUUUGAUCUCCACUGAAGUGGAAGAAUCCACAAACGAUUUCGCAUGGAAUGCGAAUAGUACAACCGAAUCAACGCCCAGCAUUAUGGCUCAACCGCUGGCGCUCUAUCACAAUCGACGACGUUUCUUAUUUAGCGGUAUUGUACUAAUGCUCGGCGUAAUUGGCAAUUCAUUGGCGUUGAUCAUUUUGGCGCGCAAAAAGGCGACAAAGAAUAGUAAAUAUACGUUAAUGUUGCGUUGCUUGGCUUCAAAUAACCUUAUCGGCCUGCUGGGUAUGUUAUCAACGAUGCUGCUGAAAAUUUACAUACCCGAGGAUAAGUUCAAGGCCUACGUGCGUUGGGAUUGUACAUUGAAGGUGUUGUGUCGCUUCUUCGGGCUCAGUUCCGGUUGCAUUGCGGCGGUCAUGGCCAUCGAACGGUUUAUGGCAUUGGCAAGACCAUUCAUCUAUCAUAAGCACAUCACAUACGAACUCGUACGUAAAACCAUCAAUUCACUGGUGCUUAUUGCGGUCGUUAUCACCUUUUUACCAUUCACCGGCUUUGGCGCCUACAUCGAUGAGAGUGACCCAGAAAAUCCGAAAUGUUUGCGAUAUCGUGAUGCUGAAGGUUUCUGGAAUAAAGCAUAUUCGGUGUUGUUUAUGCUUUUUGGCAUUCUUUUGUGUGUCGUAAUUGUUGGUUGCAAUUUAUUCGUGACACGCGUACUCUGUUUCAUCGGGCGGACGCGCACCACCAAGCGGCACAUGCACUAUGAUCUUGUGAAUCGCGAGAAGGGCAGCACCAGCCGCAUCGAGGGUGAUCCAAACAGCGGCUCAGCAUUGUAUCAUCACAGUAAUAGUGUCACAAUGACAGCAGACGCAUCACCGGAUGAAAUUAAAUUUGCCAAAUUAAUGGCCUUCCUUAGCAUCUCCUUCGUCAUCUGUUGGAUGCCGCAACUGAUUGCUAUACCACUGGCCAUUUUACCGAAUCGUGUGCCCAAGGCACAUCCAUUCUUCAUCUUGGCCGAUGUGCUGAUGGCGUUGCAUUUCACCUCAGAUCCGUACAUUUACGUGCUCAGUCGCACAAAGCAUUCCUACAUUUUGGGCUGCAUUAAGCGCUGUCGCUGCGAACUGCGACGUACGCAGAGUGUUCAGAGUCGGCUGCGCACCACCGUCGAUCAGACGACGUCCGAGUGUGGACUCAACUGAAAUUCGUUGCGUGGCGUUCGUACGUCGGCGCAGCAUAUACGUGAUUUGUAUGUGUAGGUGGUGUAAGCAUUUGCAUAUACAUACAUAUAUAUUUUUAUACGAUUUUUUGAUAAAUAUUUAGAAAAUAGAAGCCCAAAUAUUUAGUUUGGCUUAUUAUUUAAAGGUACAAAUGAUUGUUAUGGCCGCCGAAUGGGCGAAUUGGUGUGAAUGUUUCUUUGUAGUGGUGCACAUAAUGGACAAAACCAAAAAAAAAUUACCUUACUCAAUAUUUUAUCUAAUUUUUAAAGACAUGAAAUUCAAUGGAAAAG